UGGUGGUGUUUGUGCUUGUGCUGCAUUCAGGUGUCUCGACCUCGCAAAGGAUUUUCUCGUUUGCCACACAAACGGAAUUGUGGUCAGUUUCACGUCUCGUUUGUCCAACAUUUUCCUCCUGCGUCGACUGAUCUCAUCACGUGAAUCUGAUCAGGAAGUGGUGCCGGCGAGGGCGAUGGCGUCCGACGUGAGCCGACCCGCGGGCUGCGGUCCGGCGGUGUCGUCCGUCUACUACAAGCUGUGCGACCUGGACGCGGCGUGGGGCGUGGUUCUGGAGGCGUCGGCGUCGGCCGGCGUCGUCGUCAGCCUGGUCCUGUUCACGGCGCUGCUCGCCAACGUGCCCUUCACGCGGGACCCCGACCGCAGGAACGCGGUGGCCCUGCACGCCCUCUUCCUGGUGUGCACGGCCGGCCUCUUCGGCCUCACAUUCGCCUUCGUCGUGGGGGAGAACUUCGCCACCUGUGCGUCGCGCCGCUUCCUGUUCGGCGUUCUCUUCGCCGGCUGUUUCUCGUGCCUCCUGGUUCAGGGCGUGCGGCUCAACGCCCUGGCCAGGACCGACCGUGCCCCGCGGGCGUGCAGCUCGUGCCUCGUCGCAACGGCCCUGUGGUCGGUGGAGGUGCUCGUCAACGCCGAGUGGCUGAUCAUCACGGUGGCGCGCCGCCCGCCGGGGCCGGGCAACUCCGCGGACGGGCUCGAGGGCGGCGGCGCCGCCGCCACGGCCGUGCCCUGCGACGUGGCCAACGCGGACUUUGCCAUGGCGCUGAUCUACGUGAUGGCGCUCCUCGUCGCCGCCCUGGGCGCAGGCCUGGGCGUCGUGGCGGGAGAAACCAAGCGGUGGAAGAGGGAGGGCGCCCUCAUCCUGGCGUGCGCCCUCCUCUCCGUCGGGAUCUGGGCGGCGUGGAUCGCCGUGUACGUCCACGGGAACUUUGCGCCCCGGUGGGAUGACCCCGCGUUGGGCGUCGCCCUGGUGACCAACGCCUGGGUCUUCCUGGCGCUCGUCACCGUCCCGCAAGUGUGCUGCUCGGCCGGGGACGGAGACCGUGGCCCCGACUUCGGGGAGACGCCGUACCCGGGUCGGGGCGUCGGCUAUGAGAACAUCCUGAAGGAACUGAACCCUAACAACGUCUUCGCGGGAAACAUGGACAACAAAGCCUUCUCCGUGGACGAGCCCGGACAAGGUGCCGCGGCGGUGUCUCCGUACGGCGGCUACACGGGCCAGCUGAGGAGUUGCGUGUACCAGCCCACCGAGCUGGCCCUCAUCGCCAAAGCCCGCGCGGCCGCCAAUCCCCCGGAAGCGUCCUACGACUCCGUCAUUCCCCGAGCGUCGGCCCGUUCUGAAGCCGGCAGCGUCGGCGUGCGCGCCGCGAACGCCGCGGACACGGCGGACGUGGGCGACGCCUCUCACGGCUAACGCGUCGCACAGGACGCCUCAGUGGUGAAGCCGCCGUCUCUGCCCUGAUGAUCGUCUGGACUUUGCCACACGGACGCCCUUUGACCUUCUGACCUUCUCUUCUCUCAGUCGGGAUGAGGCAAGACUGGAGAAAGGAAGGCAGGACUUUUCAUACUUUUUCCAUGUUUCUUUUUUCCAUGUUUGAUACACACGUCCUUUAUGGUCAUGUGCACUAGUGUGUCCAAACGACACAAGACACAACACUGUACAAUAUUAAACCACACUGCACUAUACUAAACUACACAGCACACCACUACACUACAUUGCACUAGAUUAUAGAACAAUAUACAACACUACACAAGACAACAUAAGACUAACCCUCACAACACUACAGUAUACUACAUGGCACUAGAUUAUGCUACAAUACAAUUUGCAAUACUGCAAAUGUCCGCAUUGCAAAAAUGAAGCUUAUUUUAUCUUAGUAAAUAACACUUGAGUACAUAAAUUCACAACACUUCACCAUACGAGACAAAUGUUUGCGGCGGUGUGUCUUGCUGUAAUUAUAAUUAUAUCUAUAUAUAUAUAGAUAUAUAUAUAUAUAUGUGUGGGCAGCAUGGUGGACGACUGGUUAGAGCGUCAGCCUCACAGUUCCGAGGACCCGGGUUCAAUCUGUGUGGAGUUUGCAUGUUCUCCUUGUGGCCUGCGUGGUUUUUCUCCGGGUCCUCCGGUUUCCUCUCACAUCCCAAAAACAUGCGUGCUAGGUUGAUUGAAGACUGUAAGUUGCCCGUAGGUGCGAAUGGGAGUGCGAACGGUUGUUUGUUUGUAUGUGACCUGCGAUUGACUGGCGACCAGUUCCGGGUGUACCCCGCCUCUCGCCCGAAGAUAUCUGCGAUAGGCUCCAGCAUGCCGACGACCCGUGUGAGGAUAAGUGGUACAGAAAAUGGAUGGAUAUAUAUAUAUAUAUAUAUAUAUAUAAUAUGUGUUAAUGCUUCUACAUGGUAAUGCAAUGUAAAUAUAUAAGUGUGAUGAUAUUGAAUAGUUGAAGUGAGUUUUGCGCAUAUUAUCGCUUUAAGGUCCGUAUUUCUUCACAAAGCUUUUCAUUU